GCACUUUUUGAGGUGGCUCCACUUGGAUCUAAUCUUGGCUCAAAUCUUGGAUUUGAGCCAAGGUGAGAGUCUGCUCACUCGCUCCGACGCUUCCUGCUCCUGGUUGUCUUGCUGCAGCCCGCGGAUUGUGGGAAAUUCAGACCAAGGGGAUCGCGCACAGGCUCAAUGAAGCGGCAAGCGGAGGAGGAAAGGGCCGCGCAGCUGGCCGAGCUGGCCGACUGGGGUGC